AAACGUAGUCGCCAGGGCGCACUCAUAUAUAAAGAGACAUCAUUCCGUUACAACGUUAUUCUUCUUACAUCGACCCCUUAGUUGUCGAACGGUAAGAUCUCUCCGCGAAGACAUUAAGGAACAAUGCGUGAGUGCAUCUCUAUCCACGUUGGUCAGGCUGGUGUCCAGAUUGGCAAUGCCUGCUGGGAGCUCUAUUGUCUUGAGCAUGGUAUUCAGCCAGAUGGCCAGAUGCCCAGUGACAAGACCAUUGGUGGAGGUGAUGAUUCCUUCAACACCUUCUUCAGUGAGACUGGAGCUGGAAAGCACGUCCCUAGAGCUGUGUUUGUAGACCUGGAGCCCACUGUCAUUGAUGAGGUGCGCACUGGGACUUACCGUCAGCUGUUCCACCCUGAGCAGCUCAUCACAGGAAAGGAAGAUGCAGCUAAUAACUAUGCCCGUGGACAUUACACAAUUGGCAAAGAAAUCAUUGAUCUGGUACUGGACAGGAUCCGCAAGUUGGCUGAUCAGUGCACAGGCCUCCAGGGUUUCCUGGUCUUCCACAGCUUUGGUGGUGGAACCGGAUCUGGCUUCACCUCUCUGCUGAUGGAGCGCCUGUCUGUCGACUAUGGCAAGAAGUCCAAGCUGGAGUUCUCCAUCUACCCUGCUCCUCAGGUCUCCACGGCUGUGGUAGAGCCCUACAACUCCAUCCUGACCACCCACACCACCCUAGAGCACUCUGACUGUGCCUUCAUGGUAGACAAUGAGGCCAUUUAUGACAUUUGCCGUAGGAACCUCGAUAUUGAGCGUCCUACUUACACCAACCUCAACAGGCUAAUUGGCCAGAUUGUGUCAUCUAUCACAGCCUCCCUCAGGUUUGAUGGUGCCCUCAAUGUUGAUCUUACUGAGUUCCAGACCAACUUGGUGCCCUAUCCUCGUAUCCACUUCCCUCUUGCUACCUACGCCCCAGUGAUCUCAGCAGAGAAGGCUUACCAUGAGCAGCUCUCUGUAUCUGAAAUCACUAAUGCUUGCUUUGAGCCAGCCAAUCAGAUGGUGAAAUGUGACCCACGUCACGGCAAGUAUAUGGCUUGCUGCCUGUUGUACCGUGGUGACGUGGUUCCCAAAGAUGUGAACGCCGCAAUUGCCACCAUCAAGACCAAGCGCACCAUCCAGUUUGUGGACUGGUGCCCCACUGGUUUCAAGGUUGGCAUCAACUACCAGCCCCCCACUGUGGUUCCAGGUGGAGAUCUAGCUAAGGUGCAGAGGGCCGUGUGCAUGCUGAGCAACACCACAGCUAUUGCUGAGGCCUGGGCUCGUCUUGAUCAUAAGUUUGAUCUGAUGUAUGCCAAGCGUGCCUUUGUGCACUGGUAUGUGGGUGAGGGUAUGGAGGAGGGCGAGUUCUCAGAGGCCAGAGAGGACAUGGCCGCCCUGGAGAAAGAUUAUGAGGAAGUUGGUGUUGAUUCUGUUGAGGGUGAAGGAGAGGAGGAAGGAGAGGAGUAUUAAACACAUAAUGAAGUGUACAACCUUCAAGAACCAUCAUGUGAAGAUGUCUCUUAAAAUGACAUUGUUACAGUUCUAUGGACAUCUGAAAUAAACCUUUUCAAACAAACUAAUUUGUGUCUUCUUUUAAAUUGUUGUUUAAAUACAUGUAUAAUUAAAGGUACAUUUUAAAAUAAAGAACAGCAACAAUCUACCAGUAAAUACAUUUCAAGGAAGUGAAAGUAAAUAUGUACUAUGAUGAAACAAACAUAUUUCUCAAACCAACUUUUGUUAUGCUGUCAACCAAUAUAUGUAUGAUUUUCAAUUUUGUUUUGCUGCAGUAUACAUCAUUGUCUGAAGAGAUAUAAUUUAUUGAUUGUUAAGGGGAAAUUUUGUGUAAAAAAGCUGCAUUAAAAAGAGAGUGCACAAAAUGUGUCUAUAAGUGUGUAUUAAAAUGUGUAUUAAAGUCUAUAAGUGCAAUAAAACUGUA